AUGGAUAAAUUAAAGAAGUGUCUAUUGUUGUGUACCUUUUUUCUUGAAUUUGCUAGUGGAUUUUAUCUACCUGGUAGUUUCCCACACAAAUAUUAUGUAGGUGAUCAAUUAUCUGUCAAAGUAAAUUCCUUGACCUCAAUUGAUACAGAAUUACCUUAUGGAUAUUACAGUUUACCUUUUUGUAAACCUUUAGAAGGUGUCAAAGACAGUGCUGAAAACUUAGGUGAGCUUCUUAUGGGAGAUAGAAUUGAGAACUCUCCUUAUAGAUUUAAAAUGCACGUAAACGAAAGUGAGUUGUUUUUGUGUCAAACAAAUGCAUUAUCAGCUGAUGAAUCCAAAGUUUUGAAAGAACGGAUCGAUGAGAUGUAUCAAGUUAAUCUGAAUCUUGAUAAUCUUCCUGCUAUUCGGUAUAUGAACAAAGAUGGAUUCUUUCUUAGGUGGACGGGUUAUCCGGUUGGUAUUAAGGUUAAGGAUGUGUAUUAUGUGUUCAACCAUUUGAAAUUUACUGUGUUGGUUCAUAAAUAUGAGAAGACUAAUACUAUGCCUGGUGUGAUUGGGGCUGGAGAUGGAGUUGAGUUAAUUACAACGGAUGAUAAGUCUGUUAUAGACACACCGGCUUACAUGGUUGUUGGAUUUGAAGUUGUCCCCUGUAGUUUUCAGCAUAAUAUAGAUUUGCUUAAGAAUCUAAAACGAUACGAUAAGUAUACUGCACCUAUUAAAUGUGAACCAGCUACUGUAGCCGGGGUGAUCCAAGACGGCAAGCCAUUGGUAUAUAGUUAUGAGGUCAAUUUUGUGGAGAGUGACAUUAAGUGGCCAUCAAGAUGGGAUGCAUAUUUGAAGAUGGAAGGUGCAAAAGUUCAUUGGUUUUCGAUUCUUAAUUCCAUGAUGGUUAUUACAUUCUUAGCAGGGAUAGUUCUGAUUAUUUUCUUGAGGACAAUUCGAAGAGAUCUAGCUCGUUACGAGGAGCUUGACAAAGAGGCUCAAGCUCAAAUAAAUGAGGAGUUAUCAGGAUGGAAACUAGUUGUUGGUGAUGUCUUCAGGGUUCCGGAGAAUGCAGAACUCCUCAGUAUGAUGGUUGCUGAUGGAUGUCGUAUUUUAGGAAUGGCAGUCGUGACAAUAUUAUUCGCGGCUCUUGGAUUUAUGUCUCCAGCCUCUCGAGGCACGCUUAUUACUGGCAUGCUUUUGUUCUACAUGUUCUUAGGUAUUAUUGCUGGCUAUGUUGCUGUUUGGCUAAUGAAAACACUGAAUGCUGGUAAUACCAAUGGAUGGCUUUCAAUUUCGUGGAGAGUUUCUUGUUUCGGCCCUGGAAUUGCAUUUCUUAUACUAACUGUUCUGAAUUUCCUCUUAUGGGGAAGUCAUAGCACUGGUGCAAUUCCUUUCACUACUUACAUUGUUCUGUUGUUGUUGUGGUUUUGCAUUUCCAUGCCUCUUACACUCAUAGGUGGAUUCAUCGGUACAAAGGCUCCACACCUUGAGUACCCUUGUCGUAGCAAUCAAAUUCCUCGUGAAAUCCCAUCAAACAGAUUUCCUACUUGGGUGUUGGUAAUUGGAGCAGGAACUCUGCCAUUUGGAACUCUGUUUAUUGAACUCUUUUUCAUCAUGUCUAGCAUAUGGCUCGGACGUGUUUACUAUGUUUUCGGGUUUCUGUUGGUAGUAUUGAUACUGCUAGUGGUUGUUUGUGCUGAAGUGUCUUUGGUCCUGACUUAUAUGCAUCUUUGUAUGGAAGAUUGGAGAUGGUGGUGGAAAUCAUUCUUCGCGUCUGGCUCAGUUGCACUCUACAUUUUCUUCUACUCCGUGAACUAUCUUGUUUUCGAUCUCAAGAGCCUCAGUGGACCUGUAUCGGCUAUGCUAUACUUAGGCUACUCGCUUUUAAUGGCGCUUGCUGUUAUGCUAGCAACUGGUGCUAUAGGGUUCUUGACGUCUUUUUUCUUUGUGCAUCGUCUCUUCUCUUCCGUGAAGAUAGAUUGAAGAAGGUGACCUGUUUGAGUUCCAUUUUCCAUGCUAUUGAUGA